UUCUCUCCAUCUUGCGAGCUCUCUCUCUCUGGGUUCAGUAAUGGCGGAGGCUUGUUCUCUUCGUCUUUGCUAAAGGAGGUUGGAGAGGAAAGGGAAGGCAAAGGGGGUGGGGAAUGUGGAAGCUUGGUUUGAUGUGUGGAAUUGUGCUGUUUAUAGAAGGUCCUUUACUCAAUUGAACGGAUAAGUGAAGUUGUAUAUGCAACAGGAACUGCAAUUCUUUUGGUUUUUGAAAGUUUGAAGGUUGAUGACAGACUAGUUUGAGAUCAUACAUUGGUGGUUUCUCAAAGUUGUGUGAUCAUGGGGGGUUCUGGUGUGGCUGAGUUGGUUAAUGCGGCAACAAGUGAAAACCUGAAGGAAAUGGACUGGACAAAGAGCAUUGAAAUUUGUGAACUUGUUGCUCGUGACCAUGGGCUAGCCAAAGAUGUCAUAAAGUCGAUAAAGAAACGACUGGGGAAGAAAAGCCCGAAUACUCAGCUGUUCGCUGUUAUGUUAUUAGAAAUGCUAAUGAACAACUGUGGGGAACAUAUUCAUAAACAGGUGAUAGAUAACGGACUUCUUCCAAUUUUAGUGAAGAUAGUGAAGAAAAAGACUGAUUUGCCUGUUCGUGAAAGAAUAUUUCUCCUUCUGGAUGCCACUCAAACUGCCCUUGGUGGUGCUUCUGGAAAGUUUCCUCAAUACUACACUGCAUAUUAUGAUCUGGUGUCUGCACGGGUACAAUUUCCACAACGACCUAAUAUUGCUCCCCAAGAACAACCGACUUCAAAUGUUCAUGAAAAGGAAAUUCCUACUCAAGACUCUCUCUACCAGAAAUCUGAAGCUGACAAGAAAAAUGCUAAUGGUCAGAUCAUCCCAGACUCAAGUAUCAUACACAAGGCCAUCAGUGUAUUGGAUGUCCUGAUGGAAGUGUUGGAUGCAAUGAAUCCACAACAUCCAGAGGGAGCAACAGAUGAGUUUGUGUUGGAUCUUGUGGAGCAGUGCUCAUUCCAAAAGCAACGAGUAAUGCAUCUUAUUAUGACCUCCCGGGACGAGAAAAUAGUUACUCAAGCAAUUGAUCUGAACGAUCGGCUACACAAGGCUCUUGCCAAACAUGACGCACUUCUCUCUGUUCGAGCUACUUCCACUGUGCCCGUAACAACAGCUCGUGAAGAUUCUGAAGAGGAGGAUGAAGAACGGCUUUUUCGAAGGAUAAGGAAAGGAAAAGCUUGUGCAGAAGAUUACUCAGGGAACUCAUCACGGUCUUUCAUGUCAAUUCCCGAGGAGAAGAUGAAGCGGCCAUUGUGUAUACAACCUGUGGAUUCUGAUAGCAAGCCACCGGUGCCAACCUCCAUCAUCCCACCUCCGCCUGCCAAGCAUAUGGAGAGGGAAAGAUUCUUCAAGGAGAAGCAAACCGACGGCUCAACUUUGUCCGGCCACAUGAGGGGCUUAUCCCUGCACAGCCGCAACGGUAGCAGCUCCCGUGGCGGCAGCAGUGAUUUCAGUGAGCGAGAUGCCUUUGGUUUUCGGGACUAAUUUCAUCGACCAUUCAUUUGGUGUCCAGUGUGCGACAGGGCUGUGUGCUUCCUUCCUUGUGCUGCUACUGAUGCAUUUAUGGUGUCUAACUCCGCACAGGCGUUAUCAAAACCUAUGAACUGAUUCAGUAGAAAGAAAGGUGUGUGAAUGUGUGAUUGUUGGUGAGGCUGCCUUUUUCAGUGCAGGCUGACACAAUGGUCACUGGUUGAGAGUUAUAGCUUUAUAUGAUGAGACUUAAGCUGUGUUUAUAGAAUCAGUACUGUAGAUUUUCUUGUUUGCAGGUCUUGUAUUCUUCAUUGUUAGUUUUCUUGAUUGGGUGGU